AUGAGGGAAGCAUGCGCGGGCGGAUCCAGGGAGACAGAAAGGUCUCCCGUCGCCCGCAGCCCCCCCGUUUCUCUUCCACAGACUCUCGAGAGAAAUUUCACGCCCAAGGAAAACGAGCGGCGCCGCGUCGUUGAGAGAGGCCCAGCGCAGAAUCUCGGCUUCUCGCGUCGCCCCGCUAUUGAGGGCUCUGGAGACAGACUGCCUGGGGGCCGCGAAGGAGAGAGGGGAAGGGGAGAGAGAGAGCGACUGGAGACACCGAGACCCAAGAGAGGAGAAAGAGAGGGCGUCGCCGCCAGAUCCAAGAAGGCUCAAACGGUUGUGGGAAAACUGAUGGAAGAAGCGGUCGACCUUGUGGAGGCCUUCGAGGCGUUCAAAGAAGACGCGAGGGGCGAUCGAGAAGAGCGGCGAGGAAAACUGCAAGCGUUUCAGACAAAGAUCUUCAAAGUUCAUCAGCACCUUUCUCACCACGUCCACGAGGCAACGGCGGACGAACUGUUGGAGCUUCGCGGGCACGUCGAGGCGCUGCUGAUGAGACAAAAGUUGGUGGUAGACCGCCGCCUUCUUCUGCCGCUUCUCGAGGAGUUGUACAAACGAGAUAUGAUCGACACUGUUCGCAUGAGCACUCUCGUUCGCUAUUUCCGAGAUCUGUGCGAUACAAACCAAGGCGAUCUUCCGGCUCCUGAAACGCUGAUAAAACGCGUGCAUGCGUCGAUUAUGGCGCGUCAAGUCGAGUUUCUGGAGAACCGCGACUUGGGAAAUGCGCUCCUUCUCUUCCUCUACAACUGCUGCCUGCUGCGCCUCCCAACUGGCGACUUGUAUCCGGAGUGGGCAAGACGCAGUCUGGAGCCUCUUGCUGGCCGCGUCUCGAGCCACGAACCGCUCAAGAUCUCCCCGCCCCUCGUCGUCUUCGUCUCGCGAAUCCUCAUUGCCGAGCGCUGCGGCAACGUUGGCGCGUGGCAGGCCGUGCUGAACUUGACGCUGUCAAUCGACCCAAGAACGUCUCCGUUCUUCUUCGCGGCGGCGCUGCCGGACUCGGCGGACCCGCGGGGAGACGCGCCAAGCGCCGUCGCCGCUUCCAGAGAGACUUCACUCGACAGGACGACAGCCGCGCACGGCGACAUUGGCAGAAGAGAAGAAGCGAGCGACUGGUGCCGCUACACCCCGGGAGACGAGGCGCAGUGGCUAGCCAACGCGACGCGAACGGCCUCGGGCGCUGCCGCCAUGGGAAUUCCGUUCCACCCGGCUCUAGAAAUUAUUUUCGAUCGCGUAGCCGAGGCCCUUGCGGAGGCGGUGAUGUUUGCGCGGCGCGAGGACGGCUGGGCAGUUCGCGACGACCUCUCCGUUCUCUGCAAAGAGAAUUUGGAAGACAUUCUCACGUGCGUGCGGCCUUCGUGUUCGGCGUGGGCUUCCAAUUUCCUCUCGCCGCACCCGAACUUCCGAGCCGACUUCGAGCGACACUUGACUCUCAACGCGGUUCGCUUUUCAUUCAUCAAUCGACGCGGCGUUUCCUGCCUCCAUCUGCUCGACCUCAAAGGCGACGGCGAUGCAACGAAUCCGCAACGCAGUCUCAGUUCUUCUCCUCCAUGCGAUGAAAGACGCGAACAUCUCUCUCCUUCUUCUCCUUCUUCUGCAUCUUCUCCUUCUCCUUCUUCGUCUCCCCCUUCUUCUCCAGUGUGCGUUGUCCUGAUUGAUCUAGCACGGCAGCCGCGGGACUUGUCGCGCGGCGUUCAGCCGGGGCUCCUCGGUGGGCACAUUCUGCACAAUCGCCUGCUGCGGCGUCUCGGAUGGGAAGUUCGCGUCGUCUGCCAAAGCGAAUGGAACGCGCUCGACUCUCCUGGAAAACACGAACUCAUCAAAAAGAUAAUCGAGAAAUACGCGCCUGACCAGCUUGCAUCGUGCGUUUCGAACCGCCACGUGGAGGGAAACGGAGGUCGCUGA